AUGAAAGCGAAUGGCUGGGUAGUUACGUGCAUAAAAAUUGAUCCGUAUUUGAACAUUGAUGCUGGGACGUUUUCGCCUUAUGAACAUGGAGAGGUUUAUGUCCUUGACGAUGGUAGUGAAGUGGAUUUGGAUCUUGGGAAUUAUGAACGUUAUAUCGACGUCACUUUGACCAAAGAUCACAAUAUAACCACAGGCAAAAUAUACCAACAGGUUACUCAACGUGAAAGAAAAGGUGAAUACUUAGGGAAAACUGUCCAGGUUGUUCCUCAUAUCACCGAUGCAAUUCAAGAAUGGGUGAUCAAAGUUGCCCAAAUGCCAGUUGACGCCUCUGGUAAGGUUCCUGAGCUCUGUAUAAUUGAACUUGGUGGCACCAUCGGCGAUAUUGAGUCAAUGCCUUUUGUCGAAGCCUUCCGCCAACUUCAGUAUCGCGUCGGACAGCAAAACUUUUGUUGCGCCCACGUGAGUCUGGUACCCAAUCUAUCCUCUGUAGGAGAGCCGAAAACUAAGCCAACACAGGUAUGUGCCAUUAUUUGUGGACUAUACUUUUCAAAUUUUCGUUUUAUAAAUCGGGGUAACCUGCACGAGAAUCAUUAUUGCUUCCGAAAUUAG